AAUUUCUAGAACUGGAGAAGAAACAAAAAAGGAAGGAAAGGAAAGGAUAACACAAAACCUCUCGUCUUCCAAAAUCCACCACACAGACAAGCACAACGACGACGACGACAAUGGCUCUUUCUUCUGGAAUCUUCUCUACCUUUCUCUGCGUCGAAACGGCGCCGUUCCGCAGCUCACCGUCUCUCUCGUCCCUCCGUCUUGCGCCUCAUCCGGCUAACCUGCGCAUGGUGCGAGCCGUGACCUCCGCGACGGCAUCCUCCGAGCCCUCAGCCACCAAGACCCGGGAGCCACGUGGCAUCAUGAAGCCUCGCCCAGUGUCCCCCGAAAUGCAGGACGUCGUCGGCGAGUCGGUGAUACCUCGCACACAGGCUCUCAAACGCAUUUGGGCCUACAUCAAGGAACACGACCUUCAAGAUCCACAAAACAAGAAGGUGAUAAUCUGCGACGAGAAGCUGAAGAAGAUAUUUGAAGGAAAAGACCGCGUCGGGUUCUUGGAGAUUGCGAAGCUCAUCGGUCCUCACUUUCUCUGAAUGAAUGUGGUGGCUGAGACAAGACAAUCAUUGGCGUAUGUUUUUUGCUGAGCUAUUAGAGGCCAUGAAUGAUCGGACUACAGAUUAGUGAAAUUAGGUUUUAAGAUGUUUUAUGCAACGAAGUAGUUAAAGCUUUUGAGGAUAUCUUUUGUCAGUUAUGUGUACACUUGCUUCCCAUUGCAGUUAAAGUAUGCGUUUUGUCUUAUGACUUGAACACCUCUUUUAUGCAUCCGUUUCUUCAUA